CGAACAAUAAAAUCGGUUAGCCGCCAUUUUGUAUUGCGCAUGCGCAUAUUUGUUUCUGUUUCCUGAGUUCGGCAUCUAAAAGAGGCCGGGUUUUUGAGUUAUUUAAGUAAAAUUAAAGUAAAUAGUUGAAAUAAAAUGCCCAAAACAAAGAAGGAAGAAACCUCCGACUCAGACUCAGGACCUGAUGAUAGAGCUCCAGUCAAAAAGGCAAAAACCAAAGGAUCCUCCGACUCAGGCUCAGAAUCUGAUAAAGCACCAGUAAAAAAAUCAAAAACCAAAGAAAAAAGCUCCAGCAAACCCAAACCCAAGGAAAAUGAUGAUAAUUCCUGGACAAUUGGUAAAAAUAGACAUGUUAAACUUACUGAAUUCAAAGGAAAAUGGUAUGUGGAUAUCAGGGAGUUUUAUAUAGAUGCAAGUGGAGAGGCCAAACCUGGUAGAAAAGGUAUUAUGUUAACAAUGGAGCAAUGGCAGAAGUUCAAGGGUUGUUUGGAUGAAGUAGAUGAUGCCAUCAAACAAAAUGUGUAAAUUAUCAGUCAAUACUUGUUUGUUACGGUGUUUUUUUAGUUUAUAAGUUAAUUUUUGUAAUGUAAGCUUCACCAAAUAAAUUACUUUUGUAUGGUAA